AACACGGGUUAUCGCCACCAUCACAAGCCAGUGUCUCAGUCAUCCUCCACCAAGGUGUCACUUUAGGCAGCUAAAUACCUGUUUUGUUCUGCGUUUGGUUGAACCAUUUUGAUACACAUUCCCGCUCGAUAUCUCGGGGGCUUUUGGUGCCAUGAAGAGAAUCAGGUUUUUCGUGGUUUUCUUGGUGCUUUCCGCGUCUUUGCUGUGCACAUCCGAAGCGGGCAGGAGCAGGACCAGCAACCAGAACAGCUUCCGACGGGCAGCUAACGGCAUCUACCAGACUUUGAGCAGCGUUUUCGGGGAGGACAACAUAAGAGGGUUAUACAAGUUUUUCUCCAAAACAACAGAGCGGUUUGUCCAUGGAGUGGACUCUUUCCUGGAUACCAUCUGGAAGAUCUGGUCAGAUCUGCUGGAUGUGAUGGGCAUUGACUCCUCAAACCUCAGCCACUACUUCAGCCCCACAUCUCUCACCAACUCUCCAGCACGUGCCCUGCUCCUGGUUGCCGCCGUACUUUUGGCCUACUGGUUCCUCUCCAUGUUCCUGGGGGGUUUCUUCUACCUUCUGCACGCUGUGUUUGGCCGUUUCUUCUGGCUAGUUCGCGUCACGCUCUUCGCCCUGUCCUGCCUCUACAUCCUGCAGAAAUUCGAGGGCGACCCAGAGCGUGCGGUGCUCCCGCUGUGCUUCAUCAUGGCUGUGUACUUCAUGACGGGGCCUGUGGGAGCGUACUGGCGUCGGGGGGGCGGGGCAGGUUCACUGGAAGAGAAAAUUGACCACUUGGACACUCAGAUUAGGCUGCUUAACAUCAGGCUGAGUCGUGUUAUAGACAGCCUGGAACGCACUGGGGAUCAGUAGACUUAAGUGGCAGCGAGGAUGAGGGGGAGGGAGGGGAUAUUGUAGGAAUGGCUGCAUUUGAUGUCAGAAUGGUGUUUCCUGCGCACAUCUGAAGCAACACAACUACUGCGUACUUACAACUCUAUUGUCUGUUGGGGGACAAAACUAGAUUUGAAAACAGUAUUUUAAUGGCUUGAGUUGAUUUUAGUUACAAGAUACCUAAAAAUCCUCAGAGGUGUGGACGGUUAACUUGGAGCUCACACAAAUCAACCAAACAACAAGUUUCCUUUUAUAUCUGUCUCAAGGCUUUGAAAGAUUUUUUGCUGCAUCUGUAAGGAGAUUAUCAGAGAGAUGUCCAUGGUUUUCUGAAUGCUGGUCUAAUUCUAAAACCUCAGCUACUUUUGAGAAACUCCUGUGUUGGGGUCUGAAGUUUUGGUGUUUGGAUAAGCAUUGUCAACGCUUGUGCUAAAUGAAUAAUCAUAUUUUAUGUAUGUUUAUUUUUAUCCUUUGUGAAUAACCUGGUGGUUGCUAUUCUUACACAGGUUCAUCCACACACAUAUUUUUCCUCUUUUUGAAAUACUGAAGUAGGAGAGGGGUAGGGUGUAUGAUGCAAGGGACAGAUACAAACACUGUAUUUCUAAUAUGUAAAAAUCCUUAAGGUUGGAUUGUUGUCCAUUUGUAAGGUUUAUUUAUUCCAUUUCCAUCCAGAAUGUUGAAAUUAUGUAGAUCUAGUUUGUUUCAUUAAGUCAUUGUUCCAUGGUAACAGUAGUUUGACAUCAGGACCUCCUUUUCUGGUGUGAUUGUGUGUGUGAAUGGGUGUAUGAGCAAAUGCCUUUUGGUGAACUACUCAAAUGUGUGUGCAAAUGCAUUUGUGUGUGUGUGUGUGUGUCAAGCUUGUGAAAUGGAAAAGCACUGUAUUAAAAAGUCACCAUCAGAUUGGGAGAAAAUGCAAACAGCAAUAUCUCAGGGACUCAACCAACAGAUUGAAUUGGAAUUGAGAUAUUAAGUAUAUUAAAAUCAUGUCUUGGUCUCUUUGAGUCACUUGACAGUUUUGCAGAUGUGCUCUCAAAUCUGUCACAGAAUCUUACAACACUUGUGUUUUUGCAUCAUAUUGAAAUUGCAAAGUUUGAUUCAUAUCUGAUGUCAAAGCCAAAUCCAGUUUUUCACUUAUAAAUUCAGCACUAGUAUAGAAUUACUGUACGGAUUUGAACCGUAACUUGUGGUUCUAAAGUUUAAAUUGGGAAAUAGCAUUUUUGAUAUUGAAAUGUGUGAAUGCACAAGCAGAUUAUCUACAGAAGUGGUCUAGACGAAAUUACUGAGGUCGUUUUGAGUCCCAUCACACUGACUUGAAGUCUGUCUCAUCUUGUAGGACUGGAUUUUUUGUCGGGUAUAAAAGGGAUCAGUUA